CUUGUGCACACAUUUCUUCUGGAUUCGGCAAGGAUAUGCAAAUGCAGGAGAGCGUGACGACGGCGCCGGGUACCGUGCUCGAGCAAGCGUACAAGCCGAUCCGAAUGACUCCUCCAGAGCCCGUGGACGUCGAACUCAGUGCAAAGCUGGAAGCGUUCAUGGCGAGUCACUUUCCCACCGAGACGGAGAAGAACAUCCAGCGUCGCACGAUGAUCCUGGCCGAGCUGCGGCGCAUCUUCCGGGCAUGGGUGAAGGACGUGUGUCUGCAACGCGGCGUGCUAGAGGAGAUUGCGAACGAAGCUGGGGGUACCGUGCUCGUGUCUGGGUCGUAUCGGUUGGGAGUGAACGAGCCCGGCGCCGAUAUCGAUACGAAUUGCGUCGCGCCCAAGUUUGUCACCCGCGAGGACUUUUUCAGUUCGUUGAAGGAGAUCUUGCUCAAGCACCCCAAGGUGACGAACCUUGUCGCGAUCGAAGGCGCGACGGUGCCGAUCCUCACGUUUGACUACGAGGACAUCAACAUCGAUCUGCAGAUUGCCAUUCUCAACCUCAGUUCGAUCCCAGACAACAUCAACAUCUUGGACGACAACAUCCUCCGCGGCGUGGACUCUGCGACGGAGAAGAGUCUGAACGGCCCGCGCGUCACAGAGCUCAUGAUCAACCUGACGCCGAACCGCAGUAGUUUUAUCGCGGUGCUGCGCAUCGUGCGGCGAUGGGCCAAGCGUCGAGGGUUGUAUUCAAAUAAACUGGGGUAUCUUGGUGGUGUGAAUUGGUGCAUCUUGGUUUGCUUCAUCAACCAGCUGUACCCGACGGCGGCGCCGUCCACGCUACUCCUUCGUUUCUUCAUGGUGUUGUCGCAAUGGAAGUGGCCGUCCGCGAUCCAGCUAUGCAAAACAUAUGACGCCAAGCUCGGCCUCGAGAUUUGGAACGCCAACGUUGGCGGCAACCGCUUCCAGGUGAUGCCCAUCUUGACGCCGGCGUACCCGAGCAUGAACUCGUCGUACAAUGUGUCUGUGCAUUCGCUCAGCGUGAUGAAAGAAGAGUUUGCACGGGGGUAUGCCAUGGUCAAAACGAUCAUCGCGGCGGGCGGCGCAGACUGGGCGCCGCUGUUCGACCCGUCAGAGUACUUUGUGGACCACCAGCAUUACCUUGCCGUGGAAAUGUACGUGGCGGACGCGGCAGACCAGGGCGCAUGGUGUGGCUUUGCCGAGUCGCGGCUACGCAAGUUUAUCGAAUCGCUAGCGUACCACAACCCGCAGCUGUGCCGGCUGCGCGUGUACCCCAAGAAGUUUGAUUUGUGCAGCGAAGACGCUCAAGGCAAGUUUGGGUGUACGUACUUUGUAGCGUUUGACGUGGAUAAGACCAAGCUCCGCGGCAAGGAAGUACGCCUCGAUAGCGCCGUCGAUGACUUUAAACUCAACAGUUUGUACCGAUGGCCCAAGCGGGUGGACGGCAUGGACGUCCGCAUUACAGCGCUCGGGUGGAAGAGCCUGCCCGAAGCUGUGUUUCACGACAUGGGGGGGCUCAAAGCGGCGAAAGAUCAGCGCCAAAAGUACCUCAAACGCAAAAAAGAGGAGCAGGCCAAGGUCGAGGCGGAAGCGGACAAGGCGGCGGCGGCGGCGGCUGCCGUGCUGUCGACGUCGUCUGGGUCGGAGGGGGUGCUGUCACAGCAAGACAGCGAGCUGCAACCGACGGACGAACAACCCCCGGCGACCAGUAGCUCCAAGGACCAAACCAGACCCGCGAUCGUGCUGGACGAACCGACGCCGAUCCCCCCCGCGCCGUCGCCGCUGCUCGUGGCGGCGUCCCCCAGUGCCGAGAAGCGAACGAGAGUGGAUGCCCCCCCGCCGCCCCUGUCGCUCGAGAAGCCGUCGGUCAAGGACGAGUCGCCGCCCAUGCCCAAGCGCCGGAAAAUGAAAAUUUCAUUGGGUGCCAUGUGACUUGACGAGCACAUACAGCUCCAGGGCUCGAUACAACCAAAAACACAAAAAUACUAGUAGUAGAAUCGCUAGGAACACCCUCGAAAAGAAAAAGUACACAAAGAGAGAGGGUGCGAGGAGAUAGAUGGAGGUAGAAACAGACGGCGAUGUGUUGCAUCGUUGCUUGCAAUACAACGAUAGAACGCAAGCGAUUAACACCACGAAAAACCACAUUUACCUCGUUCCCA